AUGCCCCGAGUGCGGCAGCACUUUUACUCGUCUCGAGCACCUACGACGUCAUAUCUUGAUGCGGAGGAGAGUGCGCUGCCCAACCCCAACGAUGGGAUUGAUGGUUGGGACACCGAUGCUGCCCCAAAUGCCGCCAAUAGCCAGAUUGAUUUUGAUCUCGAGCUUUUAUUCCAACAACAGCUAGACGACGGGUUUGAUUGCGACGGUCUCUAUUCAAAUGCAGUCAUUCUAGAGGACAGCGACGACCCGUUUGGCACAUUUCCUCCAGAUCUGUUCAGUCCAUCGCCCACAAUAACAACGAAUCCAACAACGAGAAUCGAGAGGAUCCCAAUCACAUUUCGGUUCAUGAAGCGCAUGACUCGAUUCUCGGGUCUAUUAGAAUCUUUCGAAUGCGGUUCACUAGCGGAGAGACAACAAUUACUGGGCCAGAACCCGCCAAUGUUUCCUCCGUGGAUUCCACCCAGCCUCGCGGAGAAAUAUGCCUUUGCCUCAGUGUUUGACUCGUCUCAAUAUGCUCUCGCAGGCGAGGCGGCGGCCUGCGAACCCACAUAUACCGAAUCCAUCGUUGCCAUUCUCAAAGACGCCACUCUGCACAAAGCCAAGGGAAGUAAAAUCAGCAUUACGUGCGAUCGGGCUUACGCCAGCCUAUGGUUCAACAGUCUAGAGGAGGUCAUCUUCGAAGAUGAGUUUCUUCUCGAUGAUUCCAUUUCAGUGGCGCACGGUACGGAAGCUCGCGGCGAAGCGGCUUAUCGAAGGCUAGAGGCGAUCCAGGCCGCAUACUUGGUCUGCCUGGUCCAGAACUGGGAGGGAUCCAAACCGAAUAAGCGAAGAAUCCGUAGCCAACGUCAGUUGCAAAUCGCGGACGUUGCCGACUUCAAAUGGUCUGAGUUCAUCUUUUUAGAGAUGUUGAUACGAACCGGCACCUAUAUCUUCCUUCUGGAUUUCGCCUUUGUUAUAUUCCACAACUCCCCGCCCAGGUUGGUAGUGCCAGAGAUGCAAAUGAGCCUGGCGUGCCCCGACGAUUGCUUUCAAGCAUCGUCCAUGGAAGAAUGUUUUGUUCGUCUCCGGGCGUGGACUUACGGCAGGCCAUUUCACGACGACCUGACGACGUACGAGGCUGUGGAGAUUUUGUGUGGGCCGGAGUCUGUAUGGACGGUAGAAAGCAAGAGCGAACGCCUCACUGGGCUGAGUAUACUCAAUAUGUUUACUCUAAUCUCAGGUGCGUCCUCCCAUAAUCGAAUAUGUCGGGAACAGGGUACUGAUUGCCACGCAGCGAUGCACUCCCUCAUGUUCCACUUCCAGACCUCGCUAGCGUCCCACAGCGAGCUUUCACAUAUCCAGACGGGGUUGGACCGGUGGAUGCGCCUUUGGACUCAAUCCGGCCACCAAGACGAAUUAAAAUGCGGAGAUUCUUUCACGGGGAAGGACAUGUCGAAACGAGUCGGUUUCAUGCGCCACGCCGACGAAUUCUGGCUACUCGCCCAGGUUACACUUAACGAUAUGCGAGACCCUCUAAGGAGGAGGGAUAUCGUGGGGAAGGCUAGAGUAGCGAGUAUUGCCUACGACGAGGCUGAUAUGGAGCAUGUUAGAAAUAUUGUGUCGGGAUUCCAGCAUCUGGCUAUUGUAUAA